AUGGCUGCGCAGGAAGAUGUGGAAAAGUUCCUCAAAGGGAACCCAGCAUUUGCGAAACAGUACUUUGCCAAGAAGAUGGGCGCAGCCUCCAUAUCGAAGGUUUCAGGACUCCAGGAGGCACAGGUUGACUUCAGCAUGCUUCAGGAGCUAAGUCAGGUUGAAGAGAGCCGAAUCAUCUAUGACCUGAUCAAAGACAUGCAAGAAAACAUCAAUGUGGAAAAGGUGGUCUUUAAGAUCCUGCAGAGAAUCACUGCGCUCAUCCACGCUGACCGCUGCAGCUUGUUUAUGUAUCGGCAGCGCAACGGUGUCGGAGAGCUCGCCACAAGGCUCUUCAAUGUCAGCACAGACUCAGAGUUGGAUGACUGUGUGGUUCCGCCAGACUCUGAGAUUGUCUAUCCACUGGACAUGGGAAUAGUUGGACACGUGGCUCUGACCAAGAAGACCGUUAAUGUGAAAGAUGUCAAAGAGAGCGAGCACUUCAGCUCAUUUGUCGACGAACUCACAGAGUACGAGACAAAGUGUAUUCUGGCUUCACCCAUUCUCAAUGGCAAAGACAUGGUUGCCGUCAUCAUGGCUCUCAACAAGACUACAGGACCGCAUUUCACUGCUGAAGAUGAAGAUCUUUUUUUAAAGUAUCUGAAAAUUGCCACUCUGAACUUGAAGAUCUACCACCUGAGUUAUCUUCACAGCUGUGAGACACGUAAAGGACAGCUGCUGUUGUGGUCUGCCAACAAGGUAUUUGAAGAGCUAACAGACAUUGAGCGACAGUUUCACAAAGCCUUGUACACAGUCCGAGCCUACCUCAACUGUGACCGCUACUCUGUUGGUUUACUAGACAUGACGAAGGAAAAGGAGUUCUUUGAUAUCUGGCCUGUGUUGAUGGGAGAGCAGGCACCUUACUCUGGCCCUGUAACUCCUGAUGGGAGGGAGAUCAUAUUUUACAAAGUGAUUGAUUAUAUCUUACAUGGGAAGGAAGACAUCAAAGUAAUACCAACUCCACCAGCAGAUCACUGGGCCUUGGUUAGCGGCCUGCCUACUUAUGUUGCUGAGAGCGGUUUUAUUUGUAACAUCAUGAAUGCACCAGCUGAGGACAUGUUUCAGUUUCAGAGUGAGCCACUUGACAGUAGUGGUUGGACCAUAAAAAAUGUUCUCUCGCUACCAAUCGUCAACAAAAAAGAAGAGAUAGUCGGUGUGGCCACCUUUUAUAACAGAAAAGAUGGAAAGCCUUUUGAUGAUCAGGAUGAGCAGCUCAUGGAGGCUUUGACUCAGUUCCUGGGCUGGUCAGUACUGAACCCGGACACUUACGACAAGAUGAACAAGCUUGAGAAUAAAAAGGACAUUGCCCAGGACAUGGUGCUCUACCAUGUUAAAUGUCGGGAUGAUGAAAUUCAAAACAUCCUGAACACUAGAGAUCUCUAUGGCUGUGAACCAAGAGACUGUGAAGAGGAGGACCUCCUAAGCAUUCUGAAAAAAGACCUACCUCCACUGAUUAAGAAGUUCGAGAUCUACGAGUUCCGCUUUUCAGACUUUGCCUGCACAGAGAUGGAUCUGGUGAGGUGCGGGAUCCAGAUGUAUUAUGAAGUCGGGGUGGUCAAGAAGUUUCAGGUCCCUCAAGAGGUGCUGGUUCGUUUCAUGUACUCUGUCAGUAAGGGCUACAGAAGAAUCACCUACCACAACUGGCGUCAUGGCUUCAACGUGGGACAAACCAUGUUUACGCUCUUAACGACGGGAGCGCUGAAGCGAUACUACACAGACUUGGAGGUGAUGGCCAUGAUAACUGCAGGCUUCCUCCAUGAUAUUGAUCACAGAGGGACCAACAACCUGUACCAGGUCAAGUCUGGCAACCCUCUGGCCAAACUACAUGGCUCCUCCAUCCUGGAACGACACCAUCUAGAGUUUGGAAAGUUCCUCUUGGCUGAUGAAACACUGAAUAUCUACCAGAACCUUAACAGACGGCAGAUAGAUCAUGUGAUUCAUCUCAUGGACAUCGCAAUCAUCGCCACCGACCUGGCUCUUUAUUUCAAGAAGAGGACCAUGUUCCAGAAGAUUGUGGAUCUUUCAAAAACGUAUGAGGAUGAAAAGAAGUGGGUCGACUUCAUGUCUCUAGAAACAACCAGAAAAGAGAUCGUCAUGGCAAUGAUGAUGACUGCAUGUGACUUGUCAGCCAUCACCAAGCCGUGGGAGGUACAGAGUAAGGUCGCCUUGUCUGUAGCAGCAGAAUUUUGGGAGCAGGGUGACCUGGAGAGGACAGUACUGGAGCAACAGCCCAUUCCCAUGAUGGACAGAAACAAAUCAGCAGAGCUUCCCAAACUACAGUGUGGUUUCAUUGACUUUGUUUGCACAUUUGUCUACAAGGAGUUUUCUCGCUUCCACCCGCAAAUCACACCCAUGCUAGAUGGCAUCUUGAACAACAGGAAGGAGUGGAAUGCUAAAAAGGAAGAGUACGAGGCUACACUCAAAACUGUAGAGGACGCGAAGGCCGCAAAAGAGCCAGCCAAAGCUACUACAAACAACGCUGGUGGAGGCUCAAAGACCUGCUCAGUGUGCUAA